AUGCGGAAAUCAGACGAGGUGCCAACGCUCCAUGAUGAGGUUAUUGAAGAAGGUUCUUAUAGCGAAGAUGCUGCCAACGUGCGUCAGAAGUUUAAUAUUCCCGAAACAGCCAUGGGCCGCAGAAAGCAUUUCCAGGACGAGGCGAACAGAAAAGAGUUCGAGUUUGAGCCUGGGAGGAUGUAUGUUGCUGAUUUUGGAAAUCCUUAUUUGGCAUUUGAGGAUUUCUCUGUCCGUCUUCCUGGAUUCAAUCUACAUAUCAUGAAGUAUGUGGAUGAGAGCAACCAUGAGCUGCGGUAUACGCUCAAGGAUAUUUCAACCGGACGGGUGUAUCUUGCUGUGGUGUUCUCGGUCGUCCUAGGCGAACCGGAAGACGAGAAAGACUAUCGCAAGGGUGAGCAACGUGACGACAGUCUAGGGAAGUUUGACUGGGAGCCGGAGCCAUCGUCUGAUGAUAUUGAGUGA